AUGGUUCAGUCAAUUAUUGAUACUUUUACCGAUUUCAAUGCCUUCAACUUCAUUCCACCUUCAGAUUGGGCUGAAUAUGAUCCGGAUCUUGAAGAAACCGUGGCAACGGAACCUCCAACAACAGUUAUGACAACGUCAACAACUCUUUCACCUCCUCCGAAUCCACAUCAAUUCGAAGCGAAAUUGCGAAAGGAAAUAGGUCGUGAGUACCACGUCGGCCCUAUGCGGCUUGUUAUUUCUGUUUUGACGUUCAUAGUAUGCGUAGUAUGCGCAUUCAUACUGAAGAAUGAAUUUCUCCCGAUGUCCGAAUUCCCCAGGCGAGCUCAACCUCCUGUCAAAGUACGCCUUAUUAAUGGAUGGCAAGAUUUUACCGGCGAAAAUAUCAAUACUGUAGUAUGCAAUUUCCUCUAUGAUGAAAAUAGUGAACAUUACGAGAGGUGGCAAAAAGUUGAAACAAUAAGUGGGCUUCGAAGAGAACAUUUUUUCUAUGGAAUGUGCUUUGCCCUUUUCGUCAUGGUCGUUCGACAAGAUCCCCUAGCUAUCAUGCAUUCUUUCGUGGUAUUAAUUGGUCCUGCUAUAUGUACCGUAUUAGUCCUGAAUGACGAACAACUCGAAGGAGCUCGAUAUUGGCUACAAUAUUGGAUAGUUUACGCUGUAAUCACAACACUUGGAAGAAUUUCCAAAAGGUUCGAUUUAGAUUAUUUACCAAACGGCUCAACCUCACAGUAUACAGCUCAGCUGAAGAUGUGGGCUUGA